AUGGACUCCAGCGAGCCUUACGCCUCAGCGGCCCCCAAACCCGCUGGCCUAACGGUCACCAUGAAGACCUUCUUGAGUUUGAUUUCUCUGUUUGUUGUUGCGCAAUUCAUUGGGACGGUCCUCUUUGGUUUCUAUCUUCACAUGAAGCUGGACAAGGUGGGAGAUGAAAUGGGUUUACAUGAAGAUUUCGUGUUCCUCAAAAGACUGCAGAAAUGUCGGAAGCCACAAGAUCCUGAUGAUACUUUUCUGGAUUGUAGAAAGGUUUUGAAAACCUUCCAAGAUCUACAGGAUGUCACGAGCAAGGUUCCACAAGAAAGUCCCAUUGCCAUGCAAAAAGGGGAUAAGAAACCAGCUGCCGCCAUUCACCUGGCAGGCUUGAAGGACAGCAGGAAAGUUUUGCAGUGGCAGAAUGCCAUAUACGGUCCGAUGGAUGACGCGUUCUCCUACCAAGAUGGGAAAUUCAAGGUCGCUGAAGGUGGACGCUACUACAUCUACUCCCAGGUUGCCUUUUGCACCAACCUGGUGCCGCGCACGCCGUUCAGCGUCUACGUGUAUCUGAACCUGCCGUCCGAGUCGGAUCAGCUGUUGUUGAAAGGCGUGGGAACUCACAGAAGUUCGGAAGACCUGUGCGGCCUGCAGUCGAUUCAUCUCGGGAGAGUUGUUGAGCUUCAGCCAGGCCACACCGUCUUUGUGAAUGUGACGGACUCCGCAAGAGUGAAUUACAACCAUGGAAAUACAUACUUUGGCAUGUUUCAGCUUUCUUAG